AUGGGCUGGGCGCAUGGCGGCCUGCUGGUCACCGUCGCCGACAUGGUGAUGGGCGUCGGCUCCGGUUUCUCGACCGGCAUGUUCUGGCCGCACCCCACGAUCUCGCUCACCAGCGAGUUCGUGCGCGGCGCCAGGCUCGGCCAAUGGCUCGAAGGCAAGGCGCGCAUUGCCCGGCGCACGAUCAAUUUCUGCUUCUGCAGUUGCGACCUGGUCUGUGGCGGCGAGAUCGUCCUGGUGGCGUCGGGGGUCUUCAAGGUCCCGGACCCCGACAAGAUCCCCGAAGCGGCCCGUGCGCUGGCGCUUUCGCCGCCAUGGAAGACCUGA